AUGAGAUCAAUUAGCAAUUUAUUAUCUUCAUUAAUCUCUAAGUAAAAUACACCUUUUGUUGAAAAAUUAAUUAAUAGUUCUUUGAUGCAAAAUAAUCCUUCAAUUAUGAUGACAGAUAUACUUUAUUUAAUAGAAUGUUUUGAGGGAUUUGGCCCAGAAUGUAAUGGAAUAUAUUUAACAGGAAUUGAAUAUUUGUAACAAUUUUUUAAGGCAAUUACGGCUAAACCAUUAGCUGGAUUCAUAGCAACUAAAAUUACUUUAACGAUCCAUCUAAUAUUAUAUGAAUUUUAAAUAGGAGAAACAAUAGCCGAGGAAAUGAUAAAGGAAGGCUCAACUAUACAUGUGCUAUAAAACCAACAGUUCAGUAACUUUGUAAUAAAUUAUUUGAUGUACUUGAUGAAAUUAGCAUAAAAUUUAAAAUUGUUUUAUGCCUGCAAAAUUGGAUAAUACCCUAUAUUCGAUUAAGAUUCAACUUUUACAUAAUAUUCAGAGAGUACAAGAGAGCAAUAGUUUUAACAAUUUAAUAUAUUAAAGAAAAAUAAUAAUUUUAGGGAUACUAAUUUGUAAUAUAGAAAUUAUUAGUAAAAGAAACUAGAACUGCAUAUGUAAUCACAGACAGGCUGCAUUACAAUGGAAUAAAAAAUUUUGUACCUUUUCAAGCUACAUAAUCUUUUGAAUUCAUGUAUAUAAAUUUUAAAUUUAUGCAUAAAUUCAUUGAUGCAAUAAGAUAGAUAAGAUUGUAAAAAUAUUUUCAUUGAAAUAAGUUGUGUUUUGUGGAAUGAUUGUAUGGUGAUGUAUAAAUUUUCAACUUAAGAAGUAAUAAAAUAAAUAAAAAUAGUUAUGCAAAUUACUUGAUUGCUUUAGAUAUAUGCCUUUGUAGCAAUUGCUUUCAAUUCAGUAAAUAUAUUGGGCAACAAUAAGUUCAUCCAAUUUAAUUAAAUGGAUUUAUCAAAAUCGAAAAUAUUUCGAUUCAUAAAAUAUUGUGAAAUAGCCAUUUUGGUUUGAAGAAAAUAAGUAGUUAUGUAGAGAAUUAUAAAACAGCAUAAUAGACAACAAAAUACAAUCUAUUCCAGAAACGGCAAGAAACACAAAUAAACUUUCAACACCACAAGCUUAAAACAAAAAAUCUCCAACCAAUAUACCUCAACCAUUUACAUCAAGAAUAGGAAACUCUUAGAAUACUACAAAAACAACAAUCCCAUAAUAACCUUAUUUUGUUGCAAAUAAAAAAUUAUAGUAAUAAUAUCAAUAAAUUGAAGUGUAAUAACCCUUAAGUACAAGAGCAAAAAAUAUAAUAGGGAGUAUUUUCUCAGAUGAUGAAUUAACUAUUUCUCCUAGAGAAAGAGCUAAAAAUUAAUAAUAAUGAUUAAUAAUAAAUAAGAAUUGUUGUGAAGCGUAUGAAUAUAAUAAUUAAAGAAAG